AUGGGCUUCAAGUUCACCCUUUUGUGUGAUCUGCUGUCCAAGUUGGAUGAUUGCAAGACGGCCAAGGCAUCUACGGCAGCCAGGAACCAGAAUCCGGACAUUAGAACAGUUGCCCAGUGGUUUUCUCGACAUGAACGGACUAUUCAUCAUGCCGAAACAGACAAGGUCGCGUUACUUUCGUGUAUGUUCCCCGAAAAACGAACGGACCGAGUAUACUGGCUGCAAGCUAUGCAGUUAUCAAGAGUCAUUGGGCGGUGCUUGGGUUUGGGAUCGUCGCGACUUUCCGAACUCAAUCGAUGGCAAACUCCCUGUGGUUUUGAUCUUGGAGGGUGUGUCGAAAUCGUCAUGAGGCAAGCCGAGAAUUACAUUCCAGCAGGCCAGGAGUUGUCAGUAGAAGAAAUCGAUCGCGCCAUGGCUAUGAUUGCAUCACGGUGCCGCUUCUCUGGCCCUCUGGCCCGCCAGAAUCGUACAGCUGUGGACAUUGAAGAGACUCUAUCGAAAUUGUACCGUCGAUUAAGUAGCCGCGACGCCAAAUGGCUCACUCGCAUGAUCCUCAAAAGCUACUCUCCCAUCGUUUUUCCAGAACAGUAUACACUGAAGAAAUUUCACUUUCUUCUGCCGCAACUUCUCCAGCUUCAGAACUCUUUUGAAGGAGCGUUAGAGAUGCUCGCUUCCGACCCAAUAAACCACUUCCCUCCAAACCCGGAUCCCCAAUCAGCCAGAAGUCUUAGCAUGAUUGCCCUGCAACAUAUGCGCCCUCGUCCUGGUAUUAAGGUGGGACGACCUGAUUAUUACAAAGCCCGGAGUAUCAAACAUUGUCACCAAAUGGCGAACGGUCGACGAAUGAGCAUAGAACGGAAAUACGAUGGUGAAUAUUGUCAGAUCCACGUCGAUCUCUCUAACAAGUAUAGCCCCAUUCAGAUCUUCUCCAAAAGUGGCAAGGACUCGACUGCAGAUAAAAAUCAGAUCAUACCUGUGAUAAAAGAAUCGCUCCGCACUGGAUUACCUGGCUGCAAGUUUGCGCACCGCUGUAUCGUUGAGGGAGAGCUGCUUGUAUGGAAUGACCAGGAUGGUGACCUGAUGGACUUUAACAAAAUUCGAAGGUUUAUUCCACGAUCUGGCGCCAUGAUUGGUGUUGAUAAUGAUUCUCCGCCACAACCGUAUGAGCACUUGAUGAUCAUGUUCUAUGACAUUCUUCUUCUCGACACCGACGUAUGCCUUGCCAAGCCUCACCGAGAAAGACGACUACUCUUACAGAAAGUGGCGAAGACCAUCCCAGGUCGCGCAGAGCUCGCCUAUCAAGAAGUUCUGGACUUCAACCGACCUGAUAGCUAUCAUCGGCUCGAAAAGAGUUUCGAGAAAGCAAUUACUAAACGAUGGGAGGGAUAUGUUUUGAAGGCUUCCGACGAGCCUUAUUUCCCGAUAUACUCCACUGCUGUGGAUCAUAUGUUUGGCCGGUGGAUCAAACUCAAGAAAGAUUAUAUACCUGGUCUUGGAGACACAUUAGACCUUGCGCUGAUCGGAGCUAGCUACAACGUGCGGGACGCUCCUGAUCUGGGACGUAUAAAAGGGUUGAAAUGGACUCAAUUUUUUGUAGGCUGCCUUCUGAAUCCAGAGCAUGUCAAAGAGGGCAACGCGUUGCCGCGUUUCCGAAUUGUUGAUGUGGUUGGCCGACACUGCAUGAGCAUUCAGACUAUGCAAACCCUCAACCAAGAUGGAGAGUUUUAUGCACGUCAACCUGAAACGUUUGAAGGUUUUCACAUUGAUUACGGGCACAACGCCCUUCCCACUGCGACCACCUUGUUCAAGCACCCAUUCAUCGUUGAGAUGUUGGGUAGUGGAUUUGAAAAGCCGUCUGGUGCGAGAUACUUUACACUUCGAUUCCCUCGGAUUUUGAAGAUACACUCAGACCGAACCCUAGAAGAGUGUACCUCUUUCAAUGAACUGCUGGUUGCAGCAGAGAAAGCCCGGGCUGUGCCUGCGGAUGAACUGGAAGAACGCGAAAAAUGGUCAAAAUGCCUCAAGGUUGGGAGUGGACUUGACAAAUAUAUUGUGCGAUCACCAAGCCCAGAAGCAACUUGUUCAGACACCGACGAGGAGACAAAUUCUACGUCAUUCCAGAUCCCCCAAGCCACCACUGCUUCUGGAGAGAGUUUCAUGGAUGUAUGUCCAUUGAUAGAAGGGUUGCAUGAAGAUUCAAUAGGGAAAGAUAGUCACGAUCGAUCAUGCAUUGGCCGUCCACUGUCCCCUUUAGUCUACACCAAUGAGACAAUACUUCCCACGGAAGAUAAGAAUCCUGUCCUUGGGGUCAGUGUAUUCGUGGACAAUGACAAUCUACCGUCUCGUCAGCACUCCAGCCAAAAUGAUGGAAUGAUCGCAUCCCAGGAAUCUUUGGGCUUUUCCUGUCCCAUGCGGACAACCAGCUUCAUCUCCAUGCAUGAAGAGCAUCGGCAGGAAUUACAAGAGACACAGGAACGGCUUUUGGAAAGGCUAUUGGUUCCUGCAUCAUCCAAACAGAAACGCAAGAUAUUGCCCCAAUCUCCUUUGACAACAAUCCCCAUAUGGACGCCUAAAACCUCCCUGGGGAGUUUUACACUUCCCCGAAUUGAUGAUAAGUCUAGCAACGAGCGCGAAUCUUGUGAUUUGGUUGAAUUCGUUCGAUGUCUCUGCUCUGGUGAAUCUGCUUGUUCUCUCCAACAAUCAAACCCACAUGCCGCAUCACAGGGGACAGUAUUUGGCAUUGUACUGUUUGAUCCGAAAGCAACUCGGCUAGGCAAAGAAAUGCACCGUCUCGCCACAACCCUUUCUAGCUUCGUCCAUGCUGGAAAAAGUCAACUCUUUUCCAUGGGAAGCAUAUUCUUUUUGGGCUCGAGCAUGUUGGAACGUGAUCUACGUCCCGGUGACCUUCGUUUCUGCCUGCGUGAUACGUGGAUAGGCAUUGGACGUGAUCAUUUUUAUGGAUGUCUUUCGUGGAAUCUCAGCAAGCGAUGUGGUGAUAUAUCUAUCAGACAAGAGGGGCUCCAGUCUGAAUCGACUCGCUGUGGUCAUGGCAUGACAUCAGAGCCUGCGCGCUCUGUACUAAGGACCCCAUGGAUUGAGAUGACCUUUGAUGAAACAGCCAUUGCUGUAUUGGGCGAGUAUAUCUCGAUCGAACCUCUAGCUCAUGUUUUGUAUAACUGA